AUGGCUAUCAUUGACAGAGGUGUUCUAGAAGCAUCCACACAGCAGGAACAUGAGGAAGACAGAGGUGUUCUAGAAGCAUCCACACAGCAGGAACAUGAGGAAGACAGAGGUGUUCUAGAAGCAUCCACACAGCAGGAACAUGAGGAAGGCAGAGGUGUUCUAGAAGCGUCCACACAGCAGGAACAUGAGGAAGGCAGAGGUGUUCUAGAAGCGUCCACACAGCAGGAACAUGAGGAAGGCAGAGGUGUUCUAGAAGCGUCCACACAGCAGGAACAUGAGGAAGGCAGAGGUGUUCUAGAAGCGUCCACACAGCAGGAACAUGAGGAAGGCAGAGGUGUUCUAGAAGCGUCCACACAGCAGGAACAUGAGGAAGGCAGAGGUGUUCUAGAAGCGUCCACACAGCAGGAACAUGAGGAAGGCAGAGGUGUUCUAGAAGCGUCCACACAGCAGGAACAUGAGGAAGGCAGAGGUGUUCUAGAAGCGUCCACACAGCAGGAACAUGAGGAAGACAGAGGUGUUCUAGAAGCGUCCACACAGCAGGAACAUGAGGAAGACAGAGGUGUUCUAGAAGCGUCCACACAGCAGGAACAUGAGGAAGACAGAGGUGUUCUAGAAGCGUCCACACAGCAGGAACAUGAGGAAGGCAGAGGUGUUCUAGAAGCGUCCACACAGCAGGAACAUGAGGAAGGCAGAGGUGUUCUAGAAGCGUCCACACAGCAGGAACAUGAGGAAGACAGAGGUGUUCUAGAAGCGUCCACGCAGCAGGAACAUGAGGAAGGCAGAGGUGUUCUAGAAGCGUCCACACAGCAGGAACAUGAGGAAGACAGAGGUGUUCUAGAAGCGUCCACACAGCAGGAACAUGAGGAAGACAGAGGUGUUCUAGAAGCGUCCACACAGCAGGAACAUGAAGGCAGAGGUGUUCUAGAAGCGUCCACACAGCAGGAACAUGAGGAAGGCAGAGGUGUUCUAGAAGCGUCCACACAGCAGGAACAUGAGGAAGGCAGAGGUGUUCUAGAAGCGUCCACACAGCAGGAACAUGAGGAAGGCAGAGGUGUUCUAGAAGCGUCCACACAGCAGGAACAUGAGGAAGACAGCAGUGUUCUAGAAGCGUCCACACAGCAGGAACAUGAGGAAGGCAGAGGUGUUCUAGAAGCGUCCACACAGCAGGAACAUGAGGAAGGCAGAGGUGUUCUAGAAGCGUCCACACAGCAGGAACAUGAGGAAGGCAGAGGUGUUCUAGAAGCGUCCACACAGCAGGAACAUGAGGAAGGCAGAGGUGUUCUAGAAGCGUCCACACAGCAGGAACAUGAGGAAGACAGAGGUGUUCUAGAAGCGUCCACACAGCAGGAACAUGAGGAAGACAGAGGUGUUCUAGAAGCGUCCACACAGCAGGAACAUGAGGAAGACAGAGGAACAUGA